AUGAUUCUCAUGACCAGGAAGUUACCCUGAAAUAGGAUAUAUGGGAAGAGAUGGUUUAGUGCAGGGGUUGAGGCAAUAGAGCAAGCAAGAAAAGUUAUGAAGCUUUGUUCAGAUCAAAAAAUUUGUGAUGAUGUACUUAAGAAAGCAUACCUUGAAAAAGCUAAAUUGUAUCAUCCUGAUAGAGGAGAAGGGGGAUCGGAUGAAAAGUUCAAGCAGUUGCAAGAGGCUUUCGAAACCUUGAAAAAGCUUCCAGAGCAUCAAAGAACAAAUCAAAAUGAAAAAUAUGAGGAAUAUUUCAAGCACACUUAUUCCCCAAAACAAAAGCAAUAUUAUGAUGAAAAACGUCGACAAGAAUAUGAAAAAUGGAGAAGAGAUAACUUUUUAAGAUAUAAUCAACAAAAGCACGAGGAAUUCCUUAGUCAACGAUACCGAAUGAAUCAGUCUUUACACUCAGAUUUUACACAGAGAAGACACGAUUUGAAUUCUUCAGGACAUUUUCAUAGCUCUACUGGUACAAAUGAGGGAUCUCCGUCUGAGCAGAUUCCAAAGAAGAACACUUUCAAGACAAAUAAUCUCUUAGUUGCUUUUGUGUUCAAUCGAAAAUUCAGAAGCAGAUUCAUAUGGCGCUAUAGAGAAGAAAUGUUCUGUUUUAUGAUCUGAUUCGCCAUUGUUGCUAAUCUCAUAUUCUACCGUGGGCUAACCAAGAAGGAGAGAUUGGAUGAAAAGAUCAUACCCGAUCGCAAAGUAAAGCAGUAG